GCGGCACUCCAGAGAGGACAAAAGGCGCCCUGUCCGCCGCUUCCCGGCCGUAGAGACUACAUCUCCCGUGGUGCCUCACGCGGCGGCUGGGCUACGGUGUCCGGCAGACAUGGAGGCUGUUUCCGAGGGGGCGGGGCCCGACUUGCUGGCGGCGGCGGCGGCUGUGGAAGGGCUCGCGGAGGAGCACCCGGAGCCUCCAGCCGCUGGAGAGAUGGUCGAGCGAGGAGGAGGAGGGUCCCCUCCGCAGCAACGGAGACGGGCCGCCGGAGGUGGAGGGGAUGCCCGGAGAGGCGCAGGAGAUGGCGCGGGUCCCCCCGACGGCGCUGUCGUCGCCGCCGAUAACGACUUCAGGUGCGCCUCCCGAGGAACGGAGUGCCACAAAAUUCAGGACUCUCUGCUGAGCUCUGCCAGUGGCUACAGCAACUACCGGGGGAUCUUGAACUGGUGCGUUGUCAUGCUGAUCUUGAGCAACGCCCGCCUCUUCCUGGAGAACCUCAUCAAGUACGGCAUCUUGGUGGAUCCCAUCCAGGUCAUCUCCUUGUUCCUGAAGGACCCCUAUAGCUGGCCAUCUCCAUGCCUUGUUAUCGGGGCCAACACGUUUGCACUCGUGGCUCUGCACCUAGAGAAGAGGCUGGCCGUGGGCUCCUUGUCGGAGCGCAGUGGGACUGUCCUCCACACUCUCAACCUCCUAACAAUCUUAUGCUUCCCUGUGUUUGUGGUGCUGUCGGUCGACUCCAUCACGCCAGUUGGGGCUGUCUUCGCUCUGGCCAUCCACACCAUCGUCUUCCUCAAGCUCUUCUCCUUCACGGAUGUCAACAAGUGGUGCCGGGAGAAGAGGCACUCCAAAGCCGCCCGCGUCCGCUCCGUUUCUGGGUCACAAAGAGCCAAUGGGGACGUGGCCUCGAGCGGCGUGGCUUACCCAGCAAACCUGACCUAUAAAGAUCUGUACUACUUCCUGUUUGCACCCACCUUGUGCUAUGAGCUGAACUUCCCUCGUUCUCCUCGCAUCCGCAAGCGCUUUCUGCUGCGUAGGCUCUCUGAGAUGCUCUUCUUCCUCCAGCUGAUGGUGGGGCUGAUUCAGCAGUGGAUUGUUCCCACAAUUCAGAACUCCAUGAAGCCUUUCCGGGACAUGGACUAUUCCAGGAUUAUUGAGCGCCUCCUGAAGCUGGCUGUCCCCAACCAUCUGAUCUGGCUCAUCUUCUUCUACUGGUUCUUCCACUCCAGCCUCAAUGUGAUAGCUGAAGUCAUGCAGUUUGGAGAUCGGGAGUUCUACAGGGACUGGUGGAACUCAGAGUCUGUGACUUAUUUUUGGCAGAACUGGAACAUCCCAGUCCACAAGUGGUGCCUCAGGCAUUUCUACAAGCCCAUGAUCAAGAGGGGUGUUGGGAAAUGGACAGCUCAGACAGCCGUGUUCUUGGCGUCUGCAUUCUUCCAUGAGUACCUGGUAAGCGUGCCCUUGAAGAUGUUCCGGCCCUGGGCGUUCAUGGGGAUGAUGACACAGAUUCCUCUGGCCUGGUUUGUGGGACGAUUUCUUCGGGGCAACUAUGGCAAUGCUGCUGUGUGGAUAUCCCUGAUCAUUGGGCAGCCCGUUGCUGUCCUCAUGUACGUCCACGACUACUAUGUGCUCAACUACGAAGGAGGCCAGUGACCUGGGGCGGAGGAGGUCGCAGCGAAGCCCCUUUUCCUCUUGAGAGCAGCAGGACCCCUGGUGAGGGCGGAACGACUUAGCCUGCCUGCUGUCUCCUGGGAGCCCCAAAACUCACCAUAGCACCAGCAUGGGCAGAGAUGCUACUGCCGUCAUCUUUGCUCUGGAAAGUUGCCGUGUGUGAUCUUUUUACGUUUGUGUGUGUGUGUGUGUGUACAACGGCUGCUUGUCAGGUACUCUUCUGAGCCGGAAGAUUGGAUCAAUGCAAUAACCGUCAGCAUACCCAGAUUUUCCAGCUGUGCCUCGGGCAGAAUUGAUGCUUGGGGCCGGUACCUGGGCUGGUAAUUUUCCAGGUUACCUCUGUGAGCCUUUGUCGGUGGGGAAGCUCACAUCUCCUUGAGCCUGUCCAGUAGAAAUGCAGUUUGAAUCCUGCUAUGCCGUGGGCAGAGGGGGUGGGGUGAGCAGGACUUUGCAUUUCCCUUUGCAAAAGGGGGGGAUGGUCUGAGCUUCUUGCAGAGCCUGCGUGGCCUCCGAACGUGCAGGCAACGGCAGCUCCCCCCAGUCGGUGCUGCCUACAAGGCACUUUAAAGGACUCUCGUUUGCUUGGUUAUUUUUCGUCCACUCCAAGACUGUUGGGCAUUCAGUUCUGUCCUCGUUUGUGGUUACUGGCAGCUCUGCCGUAACGAAAGGGGCAGCUUCCCCUUCCAUUGGCCUUAAGCCCCAAGGCCUUAUGGGAAUAAGGAACACUGGCCCACGGGGCUUCUGUGGCCGGUCUUGGUACUGCCUUUAAUGGCAACCGCUGGUUGAGGCUCUCUCUUGGUGCACCUUGUUUGAAUUCAUAGGAGUUUUUUCCUAGAGCUGCCUCAGUUCUCUCCCGUCUCCUACCCCAUGAUCCGUCCUUGCUGCAUGGGAGCAGAGCUCCAGCAGCUCAUGAGGCCCUGCCACAGUGUCAUGGCACCCUGCUCCUGACAGCAGUGGUGGCCGCUGCUGCUGCCCAACUCUUCUCAGCCAAGAUAGUUCUUGGCUGUGUGUGGUCCUUGCCAUGCUUUGUCAACCCAGCAACUUUUUAAGAGUUUGCAGACUUUAUCUGCCCAGUACAAAGUGAUUAAAGCAUAUUUUGCAAAAUA